AUGGCUACACAAUCAAUUGAUGCGCUCGUUCGUGAGCAUAAAACCAAUCGAGCAGCCUUAAUCGCGAAGGAGAAGGAAAGGCGUCAUGACUAUGAAUUCCGUAAACGAAUGUCUCCUUUAGCCGUCGAGGCCGCCGCGGUGGUUCGUGACAUCCGCGAAACUGAAAAAGUUAAAGUAUGGUCGAAGGUAGCAGAAAGCCACGAGGAAGUUUAUCCGGGAAUGGCUUUUACACUUGCGAAGGAACGAAUGGAGAAGACACUUUUGUGGAAGGUUGUGAAACGCAUGCCUAAAGGUGCGCUUUUGCAUUCGCAUUUCGAUGCUAUGUGUGAUAUGAGAUGGAUGUGUGAAGCUGCCAUCGAAACUCCCAACGUCCUGGUCAGCGUCCCUAAACCGCUUCUAACACCAGAGGACUACGCUACUGCCGGUGCACCAACCUUCAGAAUCGGCGAACCAGACUCAAACUCUAUCCCAUUUACUUCUUCUUCAUAUGAACCAAAUACCCUAGUCCCCCUCGCUUCCCAAAUCACACCUUCAAACCGCGAGGAUUUCAUUAACUACUUCAUUCGCCACACUACAAUUUCCAUCCCCGAGUCUUUAAGCCAACACCAUGGACUGCACAAUAUCUGGCGCCGUUUCCAAGCCGUCUUCGGCGUCAUCCUAGGAAUUAGUCAGCACACUCCUUUCUUUCGGAAGAUGGUAACUCGCGUCAUGUCACAACUUGCUGCAGAUGGUGUUCGCUAUGUUGAUAUUCGUACUGUCUUCUUUGUACCCGAAAACCCGGAAGACAGACAUAAAGGUGCAUAUCAGCAACUUGCGGCUUUUAAAGAAGAGUUAGAGGCUUUCAAGGCUACUCCGGAGGGGAAGAAUUUCUGGGGUGCAAGAAUCAUUUGGACCACGCUCCGAAUGCAUUCUCGCGAAUAUAUCGAGGAGAACAUGAGAUACUGUGUGGAGGUGUACAAGAAGUUCCCAGAUAUCAUUGCUGGUUUCGAUCUAGUCGGCCAAGAAGACCUUGGUCGCCCAUUGGUAGAUCUAAUCCCUGAACUCAAGUACUUCGAAACCCUCUGCGCUCAAGAAGGUGUUACGAUUCCGUUUUUCUUACACGCCGGAGAAGUCAACUCUGAUGGUGAUGUACACGACGAAAACUUAUUUGACGCCAUUCUCCUGGGUACCAAGAGAAUCGGUCAUGGUUUUUCGAUGUACAAACACCCACUUCUUCUUGAAGAAGUCAAGGAGCGAAAUAUCUGUCUCGAGGUUUGCCCGAUCUCAAACGAAGUUUUGAGGCUAGCUAGUUCGAUAUUAUCCCACCCGCUACCCUCAUUCAUGGCAAAUGGGGUCGCAGUAGCUCUUGCUAAUGAUGAUCCUGGUAUUUUGGGCCAAGGUGCUACGGGUAUGAGCCACGAUUUCUUUCAGGUGCUUCAAGCAUUCGAUAAUGUUGGGCUGGAGGGGGUUGGAGAUUUGGUGGAGACGAGUGUGAUGUUUGCGGCUUUUGAAGGCGAGGAGGUUGGGGUUGUUAGGCCUGGUGGGUUGAGGGAGAAAUAUUUAAAUGAAUUGAAGGAGGAAUGGGAGGAAUUCUACAAGUGGAUUAUGGAGGAGAUUAAGCCGUUGGUUGCGUCCUUGUAA